AACAUGGCGGAGUCUACUCGGGUCAUGUGACCACUCGCUCUCCACCGCUGAUCCCAGCUCGUAAGUAGACGUUGGUUUUAGUGCUUUGCCAGUCUCUACUAUGGCGGUUUAACGUCUCUGAUGGGCGGGGCUCGGGUCGCGUAUUGUUUUUGAAGCUCCUAACCAUAGGCUUUCUGGAAGUUUCUGGACGGGAGAGGGAGGAGAGGACCGGAGACCGGGACACAGGAGACCCGGGAGGUGCGGACAUGUUCGGUUGUCUGGUGGCCGGGCGGCUGGUGCAGACAGAUGCCCAGCAGGUAGCAGAGGAUAAGUUUGUCUUUAACCUGCCUGACUAUGACAGCAUCAACCAUGUGGUGGUUUUCAUGCUUGGAACUAUCCCCUUCCCAGAGAGAAUGGGGGGAUCUGUGUACAUCUCGUACCCGGAUCACAGCGGCAUGCCUGUCUGGCAGCUACUCGGAUUCAUUACAAAUGAAAAACCCAGUGCAAUAUUCAAGAUCUCCGGCUUGAAGUCUGGAGAGGGGACGCAGCACCCGUUUGGAGCGAUGAGUUUACCGCAGACUCCUUCAGUAGCGCAGAUCGGAAUCUCUGUGGAGCUUUUGGAGCAGUUGGCACAGCAGACUCCAGUAGCCAAUGCCGCGGUGUCAAAUGUGGACUCGUUCACCCAGUUCACUCAGAAAAUGCUGGACAACUUCUAUAACUUCGCUUCAUCGUUCGCUGUGACUCAGGCGCAGAUGACCCCGAACCCAACAGAAGUCUUCAUACCAUCCAAUGUGGUUCUGAAAUGGUACGAGAACUUUCAGCGGCGUCUAGCACAGAACCCCUUCUUCUGGAAAACGUAAACAGGAGACGUUCACGCCCGGCAACUCUCUACGACAUUUUGUGCCUCUUCUUAACACUUUAUUUGCUGGAUAAAACCCUUCUUCAUUCUCUCCGGCAGAAUGUGUUUUUGAAGCCCUUGGGCACGAUGGUAUCUACUCUUGCUGCAGAUAUCAGAUGAUGAGGAUAUCGGUGGUUUGGGCUCUGGCAGCUGAGGCUCUGAAAGUUCAUAAAAUCGGGGCCCGACCCUAUCUCUUUAUUCAAUAAGUAUCUUACGUAACCUGUUUUAAGGUUCUUUGCUAAACGAAUGUGCUGUAUUUCACCUUUUGCCAGAAUUUUAUUUUUUUUUAUUCAUUUUUUUUUUUUUUUUUUU